GCGGCGGCGGCUAGGCGCCUCGGGGAUUCUCCUUGCCUGGCGUCGGAAGAACAUUCGAGGUGGUCUGGGAAAGCGGGCGGGGGAACCCGGGAGUCCCCGAAUGCCCAGAUCGGACUCUGGCCGAGCCUGCCUCAGCCUCGCCAUGGAAGGAUUUGGGGGAUUGUUGCUGCUGCUGCUGCUGCUUGGGGAGGCCUCCUGCUCCGUAGAUCUUAUUCAAAAGAAACAAGAAGCAAAGAGACUUAACUUGUUGGCACCCAGGGUAUCCAAUUCAUCUUCAAAUAGUGUACACCGAUUACCCCGUUCCUUGCUGGUCAAGAUAAACAAUACUUCCACAGUCUAUGCACCAACAUAUAUUGUGAAUUCCAGUACUGUGAAAGCUAAUAAGCUCACCCCUACCGAAGGUUAUGCUGCUCACCCUCUUCGGUCAAUUAAGUUUAAUCCUACCGUAGGACGUAUAGUAAUUACCGAACAUACGGUUGUAAGAUUUAAUUGCUCAAUCCGUGUUCCUAAAUCACUAAUCAGCCCUGACUCAGCACUUAUUUUUUUGUGGAAAAAUGGGAAGGAGCUUCUUGAAUCGGACAGGAUAUAUAGCCAGUAUUUUCAAUUAGAAGACGACGAUGUAACUACUAUGACAUCUACAUUCAGUAUACGCAAUGUCCAGCGCUCUGAUAAUGGGUCCUACACCUGCAAACUGAAAGUCAACAGCGAUGAAGUAGUGUCAGAUCCUAUUCUGGUUUUGUUGGAAGGGCUGCCGUACUUCAUUAAGCAGCCCCAGGAGCUGAACGUUACCCGAAACAAGCCAUUCAAUCUCACAUGCCAUGCUGUGGGGCCCCCUGAGCCCAUUGAGAUUUGCUGGUAUUGGAACAGCAGUCAGAUUACUAAGAAACCUGACAUUUCUCCAUCUGUCUUGGUCGUGCCAGGUCUUAAUGAAGCUGCCAUUUUCCACUGUGAAGCUCAUAACGUGAAGGGAGUAGCAACGUCAACCGAAGCCCGAAUCAAUAUAAAAGGGAUCCCAUCUCCACCUCUUGAGGUGCACAUUCAGAACAGAACAGCUCACACAAUAGCAGUAUCUUGGGUCCCAGGUUUUGAUGGCUAUUCACCUUUGAGUUGCUGCAGUGUUCAGGUGAAAGAUGUUACUGCACCAAGCAAUGCUUCUGUUUUGGUUUUUAACACUUCUGCACCACCUCAUCAGUACCAUAUUCAGAAUUUGGGGGCUGUGAAAGAUUAUGACAUCCGUGUUUCUUGCAUGAAUGAAGUAGGCUGGUCUGGCUUCAGCUCAUGGAUUACAGCCAGUACAACAGAAGGAGCUCCUUCAGCUUCACCUGGGAAUAUCACACUCUCAAUCAAUGAGUCCAGCUCUUCUGUGAUAAUCACAUGGAUCAAGCCUCCCAUUGCACAGAUGAAUGGUGAACUUCAAGGCUACAGCAUCUCUCAUGUGUGGCAGAAUUUAGAGGUGUCUCAGAAUCUCUCUUCUCAUACUGGCAAAGAUUCCAGUACUAUCCGCAUUCCAAUUGUGGCCACUAACGCCACCUGCAUAGUGCGAGUUGCUGCCAUCACAAAAGGUGGAGUUGGGCCGUUCAGUAAUCCAGUGGGAGUUUUUAUUCCAGGAAAUGGUUUAAUAUCCACUGCCCCUUCUUCAACUUCAGCAUCUAGAAACACGGAUUUACUUACAAUAGUGCUUGGGUUUAUAUGUGGAGUUGUCAUCGUUGGGUUAAUCCUGUAUGUGUCUGUGAUUAUCAGGAAAAGAUUUACAGAGGAGGCCAAGUUUGGGUAUGCCUUCAGCAGCGAUGAAUCAGGACUGGCUGUAAAUUACAGAGCAAAGAAGUCCUACUGCCGCACAGCUGUUGAACUGACGUUGGGCAGCCUUGGUGUGAGUGAAGAACUGCAGGAGAAACUCCGGGAUGUUGUGAUUGUCAGGAACAACCUGGCUCUGGGGAAGAUCUUGGGAGAGGGGGAGUUUGGAUCAGUCAUGGAAGGGAAUCUCAGCAAUCCUGACGGAACUACCCAGAAAGUAGCUGUGAAAACUAUGAAGUUGGACAAUUUUUCCCAGCGAGAAAUUGAAGAGUUCCUCAGAGAAGCAGCUUGCAUGAAAGAUUUUGAUCAUCCAAAUGUCAUCAAACUUCUUGGUGUGUGUAUAGAACCAAGUUCUCAGCAGGUUCCCAAGCCCAUGGUAAUCCUCCCAUUCAUGAAAUACGGAGAUUUGCAUAGCUUCCUCCUUCGCUCAAGGCUUGGAAUGGGCCCACAGAAUGUACCUCUGCAGACGUUAUUGAAGUUUAUGAUCCAUAUCGCUCUAGGAAUGGAAUACCUUAGUAACAGACAUUUCCUCCACAGAGACUUGGCUGCUCGAAACUGCAUGUUACGGGAUGACAUGACUGUGUGUGUGGCAGACUUCGGUUUAUCCAAGAAGAUUUACAGUGGGGAUUACUACCGGCAAGGGCGCAUCGCAAAGAUGCCCGUGAAGUGGAUUGCAAUAGAAAGUCUUGCCGAUCGAGUCUACACAACAAAAAGCGAUGUGUGGGCUUUUGGUGUCACAAUGUGGGAGAUAGCGACGCGAGGAAUGACUCCGUACCCAGGAGUGCAGAACCAUGAAAUCUAUGACUACCUCCUUCACGGGCAUAGGCUGAAGCAGCCAGAAGACUGUUUAGAUGAGUUGUAUGAAAUAAUGUACUCCUGUUGGAGGGUAGAUCCUGUGGACCGCCCCACCUUCUCAGACCUGAAGCUUCAUCUGGAGAAGCUGUUGGAAAGCUUGCCAGCCCUCAGCGAGCCUGACAACGUAAUUUAUAUUAACACUAGCCUGAUGGAGGAGAGCAUGGAAGAGCUGUCAGAAGACUCUGAGUUUCCCCAGAUAGACACGGAUCUUGAUCCUAACCACAUUAUAGAGUCCUGUUCCCAGAGACCAGAGACCACGGUGGUCACUGUUGACAUCCACGACAGCAACGGAAUGGGGGAGAGAUACAUUUUAAGCGGGGGUAGUGAGGAACACAGUGUCAGCCUGGCAAGAACAGAAGAGGAAGUUAUUCCUCUGCUGCAGCAGAUGCCCUUGCAGAAUAGGACGUCAUGGUCUGAAGCUAGCACACUUCCCUUUGGGAGCAUGUUGACAGGUGAACUACUGUAUGCGGAUGACUCUUUGGAGGACUCUGAAAUUCCCCUGUGAAAGAAGGAGCUGCAGAGCAGAGCUGCUCCUUGGGCAGGAACUUUUUCAGUGGACUUUACUUGUUUUUCUCAUGCAAAGCCAGUCCUAUGUAGCAACCUCUCCAAGCCUAAUGUACAGCAUGUGAUUUAUAGAAACGGUGUUCUAUCUCUCUCUCUUUUGUAUAAUACGGUAUCUUUAUAGAGAUUAUAUUUUAAUAAACAACACCCCGUUAUGAUGGUCUCUUUUAUUGGUUCUUUUCAAGGGGGUUUGAUCUCUCUCUUUUCAUUAAAAUAUGGAUUUCUACAGAUUAUUUGUCUUCAAGCUCCUUUGCAGCUUCUGUAUGAGCCUCGCUAGACAUGACGUUAGCACAUCAUUGCCUUUCCCAUGUUUUUUUUAAUGGCAACGGGAGGGCCGUGGCUCAGUGGUUAGAGUAUCUGCUUUGUAGAUUUCUGCAUAGGGCUGGGAAUGUCUCCUGCCUGAAAUCCUGGAGAGCCUCCUUAGUCAUGUCUGUUAAUUUUUUGUAAACUGCUGAGAGGUUUUUUUUACAAUCAAACAGCAUAUAAAUUUUGUUAAAUAAAACAAACUUCAAUAGGUUUACUCUGAGUAGGACUAGCAUUGAAUGCCACCCAGUGUAAUGACUAAGAGUGUGAGCUGGGGUAUCUCUGUGAUGUUCCUGUAUUAAUGUAUAUAUGGUAAGUGCUGUUUGUAUAGAAGAUAUGUGGUAGAUGGAGUGAAAGAGGACGGUGGAGUAAAUGAGCAGUAGAAUGCUGGAUGAUUGGCUGAGUGUUUGGAUGGCUGAGAGUAUAAAUGGAAGGAUGACAGUUGAAUCUGGGUGGACGUUAGUGGGUUGUUUGAGAGGUGUUUGGUGGGGUUUUUGAGAGGAGAUUGUGUGGAGAGUUGGUGGAUGUGAGGAAAGUGUGGAGUUCGGAUUAAUACUAAGACAAAUACCACAGGAAUAGAUGAAACCAUAUGCUUAUGUGCCUUUAUAAAGUAA